UAACAGUCUUCUCUCUAAGUCUUCUUGUUCUCUCAGUGCCAAAACCUCAGAAGUUUCGGUCUCUGAUCCGUCACUUGUUUCUUGUAUUGUCAAUGGUGGAUCUACUUGAACCUUUACGGUCGUGAAAGAUUCGAAACCCGGUUUGAUUUCUCUGGUGAGCUUUCAAAUGGGGACCAGUUUAAGAUCUGGGUUGUGGGUUCUGAUCGUCCUGGUUGGCCUUUUGGGACCCAGUGGGAUUGGUUCGGUUUGUGCUCAGAAUCGAAGACCCAAAAACGUGCAGGCAGCGGUUCGGGCCAAGUGGUCCGGUACCCCACUGAUUCUAGAAGCUGGUGAAUUACUAUCUAAGGAAUGGAAAGACCUUUUUUGGGACUUCAUUGAGGUCUGGCUUCAUAGUGAGGAUGGCCUUGACUCUUAUACAGCUAAAGGCUGCCUUAAGAAAAUGGUAGAACACGGACGCUCUCUUUUAAGUGAACCAUUGGCAUCGUUAUUUGAAUUCUCUCUUAUGCUGAGAUCAGCAUCCCCAAGAUUGGUGCUUUAUCGGCAAUUAGCAGAGGAGUCUCUUUCUUCUUUUCCACUGGCUGAUGAUGAUGGUAUCUCAAAUAAUAGUGAGGAAACGUUAGAAACAAAUUCAAGAAUGGAGAUUAAAAAAUCAGAUCCCUUGCUUGUUGGUGUAAACCCAAAGAGUCCUGGUGGAAAAUGUUGUUGGGUGGAUACUGGUGGGUCGCUGUUCUUUGAUAUUGCAGAAUUGCUAUUGUGGCUUCACAAUCCUACUGAACUUGCUGGAGAUUCAUUUCAGCAGCCUGAACUGUUUGAUUUUGAUCACGUCCAUAUUGAUUCAAGUGUUGAGAGCCCAGUUGCCAUCCUUUAUGGAGCUCUUGGAACUGAUUGCUUUAGGAAGUUUCAUGUUACUCUAGUUGAAGCUGCCAAAGAGGGAAAAGUUAAGUAUGUUGUUAGACCUGUAUUACCUUCUGGCUGUGAAGAGAAAAUUGGUCACUGUGGUGCUGUUGGUACAAGAGAUUCCUUGAACUUGGGUGGUUAUGGCGUAGAACUUGCUUUGAAGAACAUGGAAUACAAGGCUAUGGAUGACAGUACAAUAAAGAAAGGUGUCACUCUGGAGGAUCCUCGGACUGAAGACCUCAGCCAAGAAGUUAGAGGGUUCAUAUUCUCUAAAAUUCUGGAACGCAAACCUGAGCUGACAUCUGAGAUAAUGGCUUUCAGGGAUUACCUAUUGUCGUCAACAAUAUCGGAUACUCUUGACGUUUGGGAACUAAAGGAUUUAGGACAUCAAACUGCCCAGAGAAUAGUUCAUGCCUCUGAUCCUCUGCAGUCAAUGCAAGAAAUCAGUCAAAAUUUUCCAAGCAUAGUUUCUUCCUUAUCCCGCAUGAAGCUCAAUGAUUCUGUUAAGGAUGAAAUAAUUGCAAACCAGCGAAUGAUCCCUCCUGGCAAGUCCUUAAUGGCUCUCAAUGGUGCUUUAAUCAAUAUCGACGAUAUUGACCUUUAUCUGUUGGUUGACAUGGUCCAUCAGGAUUUAUUGUUGGCUGAUCAAUAUUCGGAGUUGAAGAUUCCUCAUUCCAUCAUUCGGAAGCUCCUGUCAACUUUGCCUCCUCCAGAAUCCAAUAUGUUCCGCGUUGAUUUUCGUUCAACGCAUGUUCAUUUUCUCAAUAACUUGGAGGAAGAUGCUAUGUAUAAGCGAUGGCGGAGCAAUUUAAAUGAGAUUUUGAUGCCAGUAUUCCCUGGACAACUACGUUAUAUUCGUAAGAACCUUUUCCAUGCCGUUUAUGUUCUUGAUCCGGGUACCAUUUGUGGCCUUGAGUCCAUUGACAUGAUUACAUCUUUGUAUGAGAAUAAUUUUCCUAUGAGAUUUGGGGUUAUUCUGUAUUCUUCAAAGUUUGUCAAGCAGAUACAAAUGAACAGUGAUUCUUCUGCCAAGGAGAAUGAUAAUCAAAACGAGGAGGAUAUAUCCAGUUUGAUUAUACGUCUGUUCAUUUAUAUCAAGGAGAACCACGGAAUCAAAACAGCUUUCCAUUUUUUGGGCAAUGUAAAUAAAUUACGGAUUGAGGCAGAUGGUUCUGCAGAUGAUGCACUUGAAAUGCACUAUGUUGAAGGCGCGUUUGUUGAAACAGUAUUACCAAAGGUAAAAUCUCCACCUCAAGAUAUAUUACUAAAGCUGGAGAGGGAGAAAACCUUUAAGGAAGAGUCACAAGAGAGCUCCAUGUUUGUUUUUAAGCUUGGUGUUGCUAAGCUGCAGUGCUGCCUUUUGAUGAAUGGACUUGUCUUUGAUUCUACUGAGGAGUCUCUCAUAAAUGCCAUGAAUGAUGAGCUUCCCAGAAUACAGGAACAAGUUUAUUAUGGGCAUGUACAUUCUCGCACUGAUGUGCUUGACAAAUUCCUAUCAGAAAAUGGUAUUAGUCGCUAUAAUCCACAGAUCAUUGCUAAUGGCAAACCAAAGUUCAUAUCUCUGGCUACAUCUAUUCUUGGAGGAGAAUCCGUGUUAAAUGACAUUAAUUAUUUGCAUUCUCCUGAAACUAUGGAUGAUUUGAAGCCUGUCACUCAUCUUCUUUCUGUUGAUGCUGCAUCAAAGAAAGGAAUGAAGUUGCUACAUGAAGGCCUACGCUACCUGAUAGAAGGGUCCAAACGUGCUCGAGUAGGUGUGCUAUUUAGUGUGAAUUCGGAUGCUCAUUUAUCUAGUCUCCUUUUUGUGAAGGUGUUUGAAAUCACUGCAUCCUCAUUCAGUCAUAAGAAGAAUGCAUUAGACUUUUUGGAUAAGCUUUGCUCUUUCUAUGAGCAAAAGUACAUCUUUGCAUCUCCCAAAGCAGCUGAGAACACUCAAGCUUUUCUGGAUACGGUCUAUGAGCUUGCUGAGGCUAAUGGGUUACCAUCCAAGGCCUUCAAAUCUGCCCUUCCUGAAUUUUCCAUCGACCAACUGAGGAAACAUGUAAAUAAGGUGUCAAAAUUUGUGUAUAGGAAACUUGGGAAUGAAUUUGGUGUUAAUGCAGUCAUUACUAAUGGAAGGGUAGUGUUUCCCAUUGAUGAAAGUACCUUUUUGAGCCAUGAUCUGCAUCUUCUAGAGUCAGUCGAACUUAAGCAGAGAAUAAAGCACAUUGUGGAAAUUAUUGAAGAAGUGAGUUGGCAGGACAUAGAUCCUGACGUUCUAACAAGCAAAUUCAUUAGUGAUGUUAUUUUGAUCGUGUCAUCUUCAAUGGCUAUGAGGGAUCGAAGUUCUGAAAGUGCAAAUUUUGAGAUUUUGGCUGCACAAUAUAGUGCUGUUGUUUUUAGUAAUGAAAAUUCUACUAUUCAUAUCGAAGCGGUUGUUGAUCCUUUAAGUCCAUCCGGCCAGAAGCUGUCCUCAAUUCUACAGGUUCUGCAGAAAUACAUUCAGCCUAGCAUGAGGAUUGUACUAAAUCCACUGAGCUCCCUUGUUGAUCUUCCUCUCAAGAAUUACUACAGAUAUGUAGUACCGACUAUGGAUGACUUUAGCAGCACUAAUGAUAUGAUAAAUGGCCCUAAAGCGUUUUUUGCUAACAUGCCAUUAUCCAAAACCCUCACCAUGAAUCUUGAUGUUCCUGAGCCUUGGCUUGUUGAACCUGUUCUUGCUAUCCAUGACCUGGAUAAUAUUUUGCUUGAGAACCUUGGCGACACGAGGACAUUGCAAGCUGUGUUUGAUCUUGAAGCUCUUGUCCUUACUGGUCAUUGUUCUGAGAAAGGCCAUGAUCCUCCCCGAGGCAUUCAGCUGAUUCUUGGAACUAAGAGUACCCCCCACUUGGUUGAUACUAUUGUGAUGGCGAAUCUGGGUUAUUGGCAAAUGAAAGUCUCUCCUGGGGUUUGGUAUUUGCAACUUGCUCCAGGUAGGAGUACUGAGCUUUAUGUUCUGAAGGAAGAUGGUGAUGGAAGUCAGGAAAAACCAUUGUCUAAACGUAUAACGAUAAAUGAUUUACGGGGUAAAGUAGUUCAUUUGGAAGUAGUGAAGAAAAAGGGAAAAGAGCAUGAGAAAUUGCUUGUUUCUGACGAUGAUGACCAUUCUCAAGAGAAGAAAGGAAAUAGCUGGAACUCAAAUCUUUUAAAAUGGGCUUCUGGUUUUAUUGGUGGCGGUGGUGAAAGCACUUCAGUGGAGCAAGGAAAGGGUGGGCGAGUUGGGAAAACAAUUAAUAUUUUUUCUAUCGCUUCUGGACACCUGUAUGAACGUUUUCUGAAAAUCAUGAUUCUAAGCGUCCUAAAGAACACACGUCGUCCAGUUAAAUUCUGGUUCAUUAAGAACUAUCUCUCUCCUCAAUUUAAGAAUGUGAUUCCACAUAUGGCACAAGAAUAUGGUUUUGAUUAUGAGCUAGUCACCUACAAGUGGCCCACAUGGUUGCAUAAGCAGAAAGAGAAGCAGCGAAUUAUUUGGGCCUAUAAAAUCUUGUUCCUUGAUGUUAUCUUCCCCAUUUCUUUGGAAAAGGUUAUUUUUGUUGAUGCAGAUCAGAUUGUCAGGGCAGACAUGGGAGAACUCUAUGACAUGGAUAUUAAAGGAAGACCGCUUGCAUAUACUCCUUUUUGUGACAACAACAAGGAUAUGGAUGGAUAUCGAUUUUGGAGACAAGGUUUCUGGAAAGAUCAUUUACGGGGAAGACAAUACCAUAUAAGUGCUUUAUAUGUUGUUGAUCUGAAAAAAUUCCGAGAGACUGCAGCAGGAGAUAAUCUAAGAGUUUUCUACGAAAGUCUUAGCAAGGAUCCAAACAGUCUAUCCAAUCUGGAUCAGGAUCUUCCAAACUACGCUCAGCAUACAGUACCCAUUUUUUCACUGCCGCAAGAAUGGCUGUGGUGUGAGUCCUGGUGUGGUAAUGCCACAAAAUCCAAAGCAAAAACCAUUGAUCUUUGCAACAAUCCCAUGACAAAGGAACCCAAGCUUCAGGGUGCUAGAAGAAUAGUUUCCGAGUGGCCAGAUCUCGACUUGGAAGCAAGACGUUUCACCGCAAAAAUCAUAGGUGAUGAUGAAGUGGAUCUCCAAGAGCCAUCUUCUAAUCAACCAGAGAGUUCAACAAGAGACAGUUCUUCAGAGGAAGACCUGGAAUCAAAGUCAGAGUUGUGAAUAUAAUUUACACAGUUUCAGCUCCAAGUUUAUAGAACCUCUCAAGGAGAUCUUGAAGCAUCUGAGUUGAACAAGUAUACAACUUUGCCAUCCUAUUACUCAACCUGUAGGUAGUUUUCCUUUCACCAGGAAUUUAUAUGCCAAAGGGGGGAUUUUAAGCCCAGCAAUUUUUUUCUGCAAACAAGCUGUGGAGCUGUGCUGUCCCUAUCUAAUAGUUCAGAAAGUAGAACUUCCAAGUCUCAUAGUCUGUAGAAGUAGUUAGCUGUUGAUGUUAUUAUUUUCCCUGGGGCUUAUGAUUCCUUUACCAGCUACUCUAAAAGCUUUGAAGAAACUGUUUUCAGCUAUUUUAUAUGGAAACACUCGGGAAAAACAUGAAAAUUGUUUCCAUUUACAAUUUUGAGGCAAUUAUCUGAUUUGAGUUGGAUAUAUUUUCUUUCAUUUUUA